UGCAUGAUGUUCUCUUUCUAGAAAGCAAAUACUCCAGAAAGCCGAAGCUAAGCAGAAACCAUUUCUAAACCCUGGAAUUCACUCUUUCACUUAAUCAGGGCGGGACACGGAUCAUCAAAGCUCCUGAAAGUGAUUCCAAUCAUGCGGAAAGCAGAAGAAGGAUUGGGCGCCAGCAACGGAGCUGAGGGUCAUCCAGGCGAUAUAUUGCUCGCGGUUGACGCGCUGUUGGCGUCUUCAUCUGCGCCUCGCGAUCAAGACUCUGCGUACGCGUUGCCCUCUGCAUCCGAUGAGCUGUCCGCCGGUGGGACGGUGUCUCACCCACAACCAAUCACUGCCACAAACGUUAGUCGUCGUGCAGCUCCUGCUGCUCCAAGUACUAGUCUCCUUCCUACGAGAUCAGGUGAAGCCUUGAGCAUCGAGAUACCAAGCGAGGGGCCGCGAGACCGCAACGAUGACAACCAGGGUCCCUUCAAAUUGGCGAAAACAUUUCUGGGCCUCACUUUCCAAGCUGCCUUGGGCUUAAUGAUUUACCGCGUAACUCCACAGCAGGGUGAUUCGUCUACUAAUCUGUCCCCGCAGGGUGAUUCGUCUGCUAAUCGGUCAUCGUUGUCGGCUAUUCAGUUAAACACGGUUGGGGCGACCACCCUUUUCAGCUUCGCGUCUACCAUGUCGGGGAUGAUGCUGAAGAAUCAUAACCGGAAGGCGGCGAACUUUUGCAGCUACGCCGGCGUUUUCUUGGGCGCGCUGGGUUUUUUUCUCAUGGUCAGCAUAUUCGCCGAAGAGAGCUUGGAUUGGUUGGUGUGGGCGGUCGGCGGCUUUCUGUUGCUGGUCUUUGCUUAUACCAUUCGCCGAGAGAUGGGGAUAUAAUCUCACGUUUCAAUUGUUUUUUUUUUUUUUGAUCCGCCACGUUUCAAUUGUUUGAUCCAGGUAAACAAUGAUGAUUAUACAAAAAUGCUAUUUGCACAACCAUUGUGUUGGUUGUGUGCGUAAUUUUGACCUUCCAGAUGUAUUUGGAUGGUCAAGAUUUUAAAUAAACUCUUCCAAGAAAAAGUCUAACUUUUAUGGAAAAAAGUUUGAGUGAAUU